AUGCAAAAAAUCGCCAUCCUUCUGGUUCUGGCUGUCGGAGCCUCAGCCUUCGUCAUGCCAAAGAGACACAUUCAGAAGCCAGAAGUAGCUGCUGGAGUCGGCUGCAUCAUGUGUGAACUGAUGGUUGAGCUUGCCAAGGAUCCUGCCGACAGAGAUGCCAAGAAGAUCGAGGCUGUGAGUAUCCAUGGUCAACACUUUUUUACAGUCUUGAUUAAACCCCAAAAAAAAGUUGAAAAAAAACCCUUAAACGUUUGUGAAGCUUUUUAUUUAACUUUUUUUUUGAGCGAUACACAGGGAGGGCUUUGGCUUCGUGGUGGCAUGAAAACAUUUAUUUUGAAAUUUUUAAAAUUUUUUUUCAAGAUUCCACAGUUUUUUUUUGCAACUAUAGGAAAAAAAAACAGAUCGAAGUUGGAAAAACUUCCUUCCGGGAGCAUUUUCGAUUUUUUUACCUGAUUGCUGAUUUGAUGAUAUUUUUUUUCCCAAGAACAAACUUUCAAAUCAUCCGUAAAAUAUUAUGGACUUUGGCCAUGGGCAUUUAAAAAUCCGUAUAUUAAGACAUGGAACGCGGAGUGCAAAGCUGAGUUCGGAAAGCUGCCUUUCAUCGAGAAGGACUGCGAGAAGUACAGCUACCCGUUGUUUCCCAUUUUAUAAAUCUUCAUUCUGUUAAGAUAUGCUGACCAGAAGCUCGACGUCAUCAUCAAGGAACUGGAAAGCGGAACUGCUCCAGAAGAAGUCUGCACCAAGAUUGGCGAAUGUUAA